AUGACGCUGGGUGACUCCAAUAACGAUGAAGCCAGCAUGCUGCGAGUGCUCUUUAUGGGCUAAUUACUGCUAGUAAUAGAAGACUGGAUCUGGAAAUAACCGAGCUACUGACGCUGACGGAAAUAAGGGACGUAAGAGGAGGUGCGUAAAUGCCAUAAGUUUGAUUAUUAGCAUUAUACGACUAAGAAACUCCGCCCCAACGCGUGAUCGCGGAACUUCUGGCGCCACGGUUGUCACUACGGAGAGCGCCGCCUCGGCAACAGAGAGUCGCCGACCACAGCGAGCGCCCUCCUCUAGGCUUGGGACUUCAAAGAGGGCCAGACGCCUCAGCUCGCGGCAAACCCAUGCCAACUCCAGGAGCAGCCAAAUGGGGCCAGGCACUUUCACGCCUGUGCUUGGCAUGCUGGUAGGCCUUUGCCACGGCUGACGCCAGCAGACCGGUCCCACGGGUCCUCACUUGAUGGCGACCAGCGUGGCCCACUGGCGCAGGGCGUCCGCGUGCUGUACAAGCGUGACAGCGACCCUGACAAGCCACCGCCAGCGAAAACUGUCGCAGGCUGGUGUGGUGCGUGACAGGCCACCCGGCCACGGCGAUGACAGUGGACCCGGGCUGCCGCCUGGAUUUCGCUCGGCCAGUCGGGUCGCUGCCACGCCAUGCGCCCACAUGCAGCGCCAGGGCUUGAGGACUGCCCGAUCCUUACGCACAGGCCGCGCGCCCGUCAGCAUUGGCCACGCGGUGAAUCUGGGCCGACCUCUGCAAAGUGGCCCCAGGUGCUAGGGGGUGUGCCUGUGUCCAGAGUCUCGGCUGCUGUGCUUCCUUGCUUUCUGCCACUCGCCCCGCCUCUACUUCGCAGAUGAGGGCCAGGGGCUGAGCAGUUCAGGCAGCCAACUCGAGGGACCUCGCCAAAGCUUCUCUUGUCAGGGCGUGCGGUGAAGUUUGUGAGUCAUAUGCUGAAGCGGAUAGAUAUGCUGAAAUAUACCCCCCAAGUCCGAAGGCUUAGCGUUGGCCUGGGUGGAAUACGUGAGUGGGUGUUUAAGUAUAUAUUAGAACAAUAGACUAGUACUUAUGCUUAUGGCCACCUCCAAGAGUCUUGCAGGGUUGUAAACUUUGUUCCUGUGUCUCAUCUUGCUUGCCCAUGCUUCUGAAGGGCCUCCCUAGAAAAGCCCGAGUUGCUUCAUUUUUGCAUCGCAGAGUACUCCUGUAGGCGAAAAGCCAAAGUUCAACCGGGAUAACCCAAGCGGAAAUGACAUUACGGCGCGUCAAAGGCUCAGCAAAAGCAUCCGAUCUUAUCCUAUCGCUAUCCUAUCCUAAAAUCAUCAAAAGGCAAAAAAAAAGGUUAGAGUGGCAUCGCCAGCUGUAGUAUAUGAAGGAACAAGUUAAGUUUUGGCUCUUCAGUAGACUCUACUGAGUCUGACGUCUGCCUAUGCUUACUUGGUUCCCAACCUAGCUUGAACUGACUGAAGAAGAACGAUAUUGCAUCAUCUGCCUGCUAAGAAAGUAUAAGACUCGGAUUCAUCAUCCCCCCAGCCGCUGCAAAUUCACUGAAUUAGAGUCACCCACACCUGCGCCCCCUCGCUCUAGGCAACGCCUCUCGAACUGCUGGCCCUUGAAGAACACCUAGAAGGAGCUUCAUCGCCUCUUUGUAGUUUCUCCACUGCGGGACAUAUUAACAGAUAUAGUCGCACCUGCUGGCGCUGGUAUUGGUACGCGUGCAACUGCUUACAGCAGCAUCGCGGCCUUCUACUCCUUUGCAUUUCUUGAAUUUCGAACAAGGUCUACACUCUUGCUACCAGGACAGCAUCGCUUUUGGACUCAACAAAGAUGGGUAAUAGCAGCUGCGUAGUCUGUAGCGAUGACUGCCUCCAUCGCUUAACAGAGGAAACCCGUCAGACGCGCGUGGGGAAGGGUCUUGGUGUUUAUUUACUGCGCUGACAUGCCUGAAAAAAGUGGAAAAAAACCGCCACCGCAAUAGGGUGGAAGGAGUCCAAAAACACGCAGAAGGCACCACCGUCGAAAAGUUGCCAAAAACUGCAAGAAGGCCGUAGCCGUGUCGGGGUGUUUCGGUUUUCUUUUUGUUGUGUCUCUCUGCAGAAAGACUAGGGACUUGGCUCUAGUGAUAUACUUCUUUGCCUGAAGAGAUAAGGCGAUCUUGUUCUUCUUCGGUUCAAAGCAUUGCUGUGUCUCUCUCCUCCGGUGGCAGUCGGGCGGUUCGUUUGCGUGGUUUGUGCUUUUCUGCUUCCCCUGGCGCCUGAGGGUCUGUCUGGCUGCUUGUUUUUUCUGUUCGUGUGUGCUCUCCUUAUGAAUCGCGAGCGCCACGGCAUGGCGCUGGCCGGGUCUGUGGAGGUGUCGUCGGGGAUUUUGCCUCGGCGCCCGCGGCUCUGGCUGUCUGUUUUUUCUGUCUGUGUGUCUUCUCCUGAUGGGUCCGGAAUCGUGGCAGCAUGGUGUUGGUCAGGUCUGUGGCGGUGUCGUUGAGGUCUUGGCCUUGGCGCCUGGCGGGGGGCCUGGCUGCUUGUGGUUUCUGUUUGUGUGUCUCCGUCUCAUGAAUAGCGACGGCAUGGCGCUUGCCAGGUCUGUGGGGGUGUCGCUGGGGUUUUGGCUUUGGUGCCCGAGGGUCUAGCAGGCUGCUUUUUUUUUCUGUUUGUGUGUCUUCUCCUCAUGAAUCGCAAGGGCAUGGCGCUGGCCAGGCUUGUGGAAGUGUCGCCGGGGUUUUGGCUUUGGCGCCGGGGGGUCUGGCUGCUUGCUUUUUCUGUUUGUGUCUGUGUCUUCUCUUCAUGGUCGUCGGCAAUGUGGUCGCUGCGCCUGAGCAUCUGGCCCAAAUUCUUCGGCCCUUCGCCUCUGUCGUUCCUUCUUUGGUUUUCGUGGCGUCUCAAACCUCUUUGGCCGAUUGCGUGUAGGCUACAGGGCGCAGCGCCUUUCCCUUGGUGGUUUGCGUCGUGUGGGCUACAGAACGAGGCAGCUUUGUAGACAUUGGGCGCGCGCUCGGGACUCUCAGGCGCUUUGCAAGUCCACUCGAACAGCGCUCGUGGCUUCUCUGAACUGUGUGGGGAGAGCGUUGCGCGCCGUCGUGGGCAGGGAGUGAGAGUGAGGGCGCCUGCGUAGGAGCUAGUUAGUGUGAUAGUCAGACGGCAGGCCAGCUGCGGUGUGCAGCGCACUGCGGGUUUCCGUGUGCCAUCUGGCAGCCAGCUUUUGGGCUUUGUUUUGACUCGGUAGCGUGGGCGCGUCACGGCAGUGCCAUCGGGGCCGCAAAUGGUCUCCUUUAUUUCUUGCCUUUGCUUGACGGAUUUCUCUUUACUGGCCACCAAGGCGAAGGACAUGGUAAUACUUAGCAGUUGCUUACUGCCAGUAGUGCCUGAGGGCCUUGUCAGCACUUUUAGCAUAAGUACAGCGUCACUUUUAGCCUGUCUAAUAUCAUCUUCGUCGCAACGGCCAGUCGCACCUGGAGCAUGGGGCCGUGUGUGAAUGGAGACAACAUCGCACCUUCCCCCCUUCUUCCGGACCCAUUUAUGGCUUUACUAUUCAGAGGGCUUUAAUAUUCUUCAGAGAAGUACGCAGUCUACUUUUACUGGUUGUGUAUUCUUCAUCUUCUUAUAGUAUAACCCGUCUUCCACUUCGUUCUGUAAGAAAGUUUUCAACAACUCAAGCGUUGUAGUCUGUCUUCUUCUAAUUUUCUUGACAAUACAGGAGUGACACGACCGGGCAUUCUACGUGUGGUCCCCGGUUUCGCGCCCUAUGCUAUCAAGUGGUUCGCAGACCGAUUGUGGCAGAAGGCACCCCACUUAAUCUUAAGGCAGUCACUACUCAGAUAGAAUCCCUCAAGACAGUCAAAUCUACUUAUAUUCACACUUCCCGGAAGGCAGUGAACGAAGCCUCUACAUCUAAUUACCUUAGGGCAGUGAAGUCACUACAUCUAAUUCCCUUAAAAAGGGGGCAGUGAAAUUACUACAACUACUUCUGCAUCUAUUGAUUUGAAUUUGUCUUACAAGGUGGUCUACUUUAAGUUUAAGAGUGAGAUUCUAAUCCCGGACGAGAAACUCACGGACAUGAUCGCAGAGGACUUACUCGCAGAUGCUUAUAAUGGUGCGAUCAAUAAUGCAGUACUAGAGGAGGGUGAAGCUGAAGAGGUGCUCGAAAAACAAGAUAUUCCAGAAGAUGCACUGAGUGGGAGUGCGGACGCAUCAUAGGGAGAUGUACAACUACAACUACCGUUGGGGGAUGUUAGCAUUUCUCCAGGCGUAAAGAUGUGUACACCUAUUAAGCAGUUGUACUUUUUCGUUCUUUGAUGAUGGUGCGGUAGUGGCACUAGAGGGCUACCAAGUGUAGAAGUGGUACUAGGCUACAGGGGUACUCGACUAGAGGGAUACUAGCAGGUGGAUGAACGAACGCGAUGCAUCAAAUAUGAGCAAGGAAGUGGAUUGCUAUUUGCUACUAACUUUUUCAACGCGACAGCUUGAGAUCAAGAACAUGCUGAGAACAUCUUUUACUCUAAGUAUUUGAACACUUCUCCUAGUAGUGGAAAGUGUUGUAGGUGUAGAAGUUGAGCUCCAUUUUGUACACUUUGAAGAAUUUUUCUCGUAAUCUCAGCAUGGCUAGCGCGAUUUUUGAUCAAGAACAAUAUUAUUACCCUGUCUUGUUGUGGAAGGAAAAUCGCAUAUUUUUUAGUUUUUGAAAUGAAGAUAGAAGAAGUGCUGGCUGAUGUACUAUUAUCAUGAGCAGUACGUCGCUGGUGUGCUUCUCAUUAUGAAGAUGAGCAGUAACAGUAAGAAGAUGAGAAGGUUAUUUUGGUUGUAAUAUCCGUUUGACCAGUCGACUAACAUCAGCUGUUGUUGUGGAGCAGGGCAGAUGUAGAUGUACUCUAAAUCCGUUCUAAAAUUCCACUAAAUGAUGUGUUUCUGCUUCUCUAACGAACAGCACGCUCGAGAGAGAAAGACUCACACUAGUUGAAAUGAAAGGGACAGAUUUAUGCAGCAGCGCCCUAACAAUUCUUACGAUGAGACUGGCUAUGACUUAUGAUCGAUUGAUUGAUGAUAUGUUCAUGAGCAGUGGAGACGACCAUGCAUUUUUAGGCCAUGGGACAGCACCAUGAGCAUGAGGAUGAUGAUCGUGAUCGAUAGAAGAUGUAUUCAGAUUUCCUUACUAGACAAUAGAUUUUCUCAGGUUUCCUUAGACGGAAGGAUCCUUCAGAAUUCAUGAUCGAUAGAUUUACUUAUUUGUCAGUAGGAGGCUUAACCGUUAUAGCAGAUAUUUUCACUAGCAGCAUCACUAUCACAGUUACAUGAGUUUGUUCCAUUUCACAGUUUUGACAAGACUACAACCAUCAAGAUGAAGAUGAAGAAUUUAUUAAGCUGGUGAACGAAAAAAGUUGAAUUGCUAGUCAUUAACGAAAAUUCCAUGAUUUCCAAGAAAACAGAGAGUCGGUGAAUUCGAGAGAACAUCUUCGAGGACUUGCUUAUUGUACAACCAAACUGAAACUACAACUGGAGCUGCUAUCGUGUACAUUUACUAGUACUGACGUGUUACUUGUAUUAGAUGAGAUCAUGUAAAUACAGUAAUUUACUACAUGCAUCAAGUAGUUGAGCUUGAGCUGUGUUUUUUGUGAGGCUAUAGCACUUUCAAAUCGCUUGGCUCCUAGCACAAUUGUCGUAAUCUUCUUCUCGGGCAAAGUGCCCCUAGAUAACAAGAGAGAUCAAAGGACGACAUGAUUACAAAAACUAUUAGACUACAAAGAACAAAAAUAACAAUUUUUGACUAUUAUUAUUUAUGAUGUGGAUCUAGAUCGUCUUCGCUGUGAGUUGUCUGCUAGGUUUCCUAGUGGACCCACGCCUAACCAUACAAAAACUAUUAGACUACAAAGAACAAAAAUAACAAUUUUUGGCUAUUUGUUGGAACACCCGAACACGUCCAAGCACGCUACGAAGCUCCUGAGAGCAAAUGGGGUUGCUACCGUUGCAAUGUAACAGAAAGACGAUCAGAACGGACGGGCCGAGUGGUCACUGACUGCCUAAGGCCCUGGAAUGGUAUCAAAGCGGGCCCAAUGUCAUUGGGAUAUCAUGAAGGGUCGCAGUGCGGUUAAAGAUCUGGGCGAUCUUACUGCUCAAUCAUGUUGGAACUCAUUGAGUUCAACUGAUGAGCACGCGAGGAACUAACAAGAGCGCAAGACAGGGGACGGCGCUGAUCGUGAGCAAGUUGACGAGUGAGAGCAGUCGCCUGGCAUUGGAAUCAGGUUCAUUCGUAGGACCUUGAGCCAGUAAUGACCAUCGACCAACGCCGCUCCCCAGUCGCUAGGUGAGGAAAUGACGGAGGGCAGGAGUGGCCUGGUGUUACCUGCUCCAACCCUGAACCGUCGCUAGUUGUGAUAAAUAGCUUAUGGCGCCACCAGUGACCAACGAUCGAGCACCCCAGGCCGAUAGAGUAGGUAAGCGCCGCCAGAGACGCAGAACUUGAACCAGGCGCGUCGUCUUCUUCUUCCGGGUCGCUAUCAUCUUCAACAUGGUCGCGGCUAAUUGCAAGGCCUUCUAUGUGAUGGUCUGCCUUCAUAAGGUGAGUAGGACUGAGAGCGAUUUUCUCAGCUGCGCCUCAUCUAGCCCCUAAGUAGCGUAGUGCGUAUUGUCUACUCUUGGGCCUCGUGUCGUCACGACUCACUCUUUGCCGUCGAUGUUGCAGACUGGUUGCCAGCCCACAAUAUGGCAUCGCCGAGGGAUGGCGAUAUACCAGACCGCGUCUCCACUAGUUUAGUGGGCAAGGGAUUGAAGAAAUCUGCGAAAUCGUGCAGCUCGCUCAUGGCAAUAGUUCCCGGCGCGGCUAUAUCCUCUGACUCUGCGGCUGAAUAUGCGCGCACGGUUUGGGUAUUGCGUUUCCAACAGAUUGGACAGCCCCGAUAGUACAUAAUCGAACCACUGGUCGAGCGCGUGCUCUUUAUGCAGUUUGCAAGUCUUGCAUCUGGGAGCCAGUUAGUGCGUGGUAGCUCUCUCCCUUCUGGUGAGAGCUUCUUGCGGAUUUCGUUGAAUUCCUCCUCACUUUCUGGAGGGUAGUAGAAGUAGAGUCUUUGUGCUUUUGUCGUAGCUAGAUACUUCAGCACUUUCCUACAGGCUUUGGCAAUUCUUUCAGUUACGGGCUUACUGACAUACCGCGCCAAUGUCGCCACGGGGGCGCAUAUGAAUGUCUGGCCUUGCGGUUGUCGGUAUCCAAAGCAGUGCGCCAACAAUCUCACUCGAUGGCAACCCGGCUGCUAGCUUAAGCCUCUCCUCAAGCAAACUCGUCGAAAUUUGGAGACCGCACCGGCUUGCCUAGUGUUAUUUUAUACUUCUUCGAAGUUUUUUCUAUGUGCACACUCAUCAGGGUCUUCACUGAGCGCGCCUCCCGACAAUAGUGCACAAUCGCACCAAGAGAGUCGAACUCUAGCCAUUCGGGACCUGAGUGGGUAUCGACUCGCUUUGCCAUCUCAAUAGGUCGGCCGGGGGCGCGACUAAAGACCCGGCCGGGCUCGGGUCGUAACUCUUGAGAGUCAGGCCCAGUAGCUAGGUUAUCAUCAACAUAGACUGGCGUCUUCGUGUACUUUCCUGGGUGCGUUUUGCUCAUUUUCCGCCACAAUCCUGGAGCAGAAGGGCACGGCUCCCAUCCGAGUCCGGACAAUAGCACGCAGUACUUCUUGAACCAGACUCGUGGGGUGUCCUUGAGCCCGUAGAGAGCUUUACUAAGCUUGACGGUAUCCGCUCCAUGCUUCUCCGCCCACACUGGUGGAAGACGGCAGAAGACGUCGCGAUCGAGUUCAGCACUAAGGAACCGGGGCGCCGAAUCAAUAUCAAAGGGGGCGACGAAGUCAGACGACGUCGCCGCAGAGACUAGCAAAAGUCUACUCGCAGCGUGUGACACUGCAGAGGCGUAGGCGUCGACAUUCCCCAAACGGUCAAGAUUUCCGAGCACACAGGCGCGCGCUUUGAAUGUUCCAUCACGUUUUACUGUGGGGGUGAUUUCUAUAGGCAUUACCUGGGAAGAAGUUCGCAGCUCCUCGCCAGUAGCUGGCGCCCAAGUCUCGAAGGCAAGUAGUCUAGCUCCCUCCCUGGUGAUAGCCGCUCGCCAUUUUUCGGCGUCGGGGCUUUUCAAGGCUUGGGAAACUGACAACAUGGCACGUGCUUCGAGAAAGGUUGCCCCCUUCUUCCAGCUCAUGCCCGCCAGCUAGUACCAAACCAAAAACUACACUCACACUCAAACUCUGAGAAAAUUAGACUCGUCGCUUUGAGGUUUGGUUAAGUAUGUAGUUAAGGUUUACUAGCUGGCUUCAUCGUCGCUAGAGGCUAGACCAGGUCUUCGGUACUGCGGCAGCGAUUUCGGCGCCAAGCUCUGGGGGAACACCUGCAAGGCGUCUGGGAAGUGUGCGCCUGAAGGCUGAAACGGCUUAGGGUGAGACCUAAGAAGAGAAAGGGGCUGAGAACGGAUCUGCGGCGCCACCUCUUGCGCACCAUCGCCAACGACGCGCUCUCUGAGGUGUGGGAAGGAUGGGAGUUCUGAAGUGUCCAAGUCUUGUAGGCGGCACGCAACAACCCCAGGCAAAGGAACCAAACCAAAAAAGUGCACUCACCCCUUUCGGAGCCCUCCAACUCGCGAGGGUUCCAGCGAGCUCGGGAAUCGCUCUGAGUGCACUUUUUCACCAGUGACAGCCCAGCAAAACGGUGCUGCCAGAGGUGGCCGAUUUGAGGGCAUUCCUGCUAGGGGCCCGGAAGGGGUUGAGUGCACUUCUUUGGGGAAAUGUCUUCAAAUCCCGGCAAGGGCAAAAGGGUACCAUUUUGAAAAUCGAGCGACCGGCAAAAAGCACGAACCUGCUAGGCGGCGCCGCAGGACAACGCUCAAGCAAAUUCCCCACCUUCGUCCCAUUCUGAACCUUCUCAGUCACGAAGUGCUGGAUUGCCUUCAACCUUGCAGGUCUGCCUAGCAGAUCCGGCUGCCGUCAUCGCUGCCGCGCCGCCGAAGGCCCUCUCUGGCUAGAUUUGAACUAGCUCGCUAUAGUUACCUAGUAAAUUUAUCCUGUUUGAGAUAUACAGCCUCAAUUUUCAAACUUUUACUUUGAGUGUGAGGGUAGUUCUCGGCUUGCUGGCUAGCGUGGCAAGUUUAUUCAUGUCUUUUCUCAAUGCUUCAAGCUCGGCUCUUGUUCUUCUCUUGCGUUGUCUUGGAUUCUUCUCCUUGCUCCCUUUGGGUCUUCCUCGGCCUUUCUUCCCCUCCUCAACUUUGCCUGGCUGAGGUGGUGGUGUAGGUGUUGGCCUUGGAGACUUUGCUUCAGGAUUAGAGUCAGGUGGCACGCGCUCGGCUCCGAUGAGAUACUCCCCGCCUCAACGCGUUGCGCGUCAGAGUUGGAACCGUUGUCGGUCUUUGGAUCUCCUUCCCUGUCCAAAGAUCCACAGGAAAACUCAUCAGCUUCGUUCCUGUCUGAUAUCAUUCCCAUGCCGGUUGGGUCGCCUGAGCUGUACUCCGUGCCAGAGAAGCGCGGCCGACAGGCCAUAUGUUGCAGCGCAUGUCUGUGCAGGACGGGACCCAGCGACGGCGUGCCAGACUGCAGGUCUUCCAUUGGGUCGCAAUCAACAUAAAAUAAAUGCCCUCCGGCGUAGGCAAUAGCCAGUCAGUGUUCUAUACUAUUAUCGACUCUCGAGGUUUCACAUCUAGCGCGGAAUACUCGCUCCACUUGGGGCCAGCCUCUGUUCUCGCAUCGUUGUGAUAUGUUCCCACUAGCCAACCAGGCGAAACCGGACAGAGACCGAGGAACACGCCACGCCGAUAAGGUGGCACCAGCUUCGCUUCUUUCUUGUUGGUGGUGUCCACUACCUGUUCGCGAAAGUACACCAAGCAGCCAAAUCUUCUUAACAUAACUAGACCACUCUUCGAGGAUUUCUUCCCUAUCCUCUUAGCUAUUUCUAGUUUCUCGACGGGACUCCUUCUGCCAUAUUCUGGCACUUUUGCACAGCGAUGCGGUAAGCGAUUCCAACAACCUCCGGCAUACUGGAGGCAGUAACGCCAAAGACGUCGGCUGACUUUGACCGACAUGGUACGCGCAGCGCCGUAAAUGGUCUGCGUGAAGCGUUCGCAAGUUCCAUCGAUCUCUGGGCUGUAGGGAACGCCAGGAAUUUCCGAAACCAGUAGCGACUGCAUGACUUUGGUCACAUGGUCACUACUCAGGACGGGCUCGCUAUCUCGACGGGUGAGCCGUGCCGCUUUGUCGUCGAGUGACAGUGAGUAGUCUCGGCGAAUGCCUUUUGUUACUUCUUCAAUCACCUCAACGCAGUCUGACUUAAGGCAUAGAGGUCGAACGAAACACAUUUGAACCGAGUCACAAAUAACAACUAGAGCGCGCCUCUUGCUUCUUAUGGAUACUGGUCGGAUACCGACUGCGAAAUCAAUUGCGAGCGCCCUUAACGGAGAGGGUCUAUUCAGGAGGACACGCCUGGGCACCUUUCGCGCCUAAUUUUCCGCUAAAAUUCCUCUAAUUUUGAAGGGGUCGCAAAUCGUUGCAGGCUAGUCGGUUGCCUGUGGUGGUCGGGGUGUGUCUUGUGUGGUGUGCUUAGCCGUGUGGCCGCAGGGGGUAGCAUGCUCGCUGUGGCCUUGCCGCCGUGUCGGGGGGUGGGUCCCCGCGCAAAAGGUCCGCGGCUGACGCGGCAGCUGUCAGACUGGUGCUGUGCUCGGGUCGGUUUUUGGGGUCUAAUUUUUUUACUAAAAAUCGCGCUAAUUUAGCACGCUAAAAAUCGUGCUAAUUUAGCGCUCUAAUUCAGCACUCUAAUUCGGCGGGAUUUCUCGCCGGGGUGCCUUAUUUUUUUGCUCUAAGAAUCAUGCUAAUUCGUCACUCUAAUUGUUUUGGGGGGUUCUCGGAAGCCCUCUAAAAUUCCUCUACUUAGGCACUCGAAUUCGGUAUUCUAAUUUUGCACCCCAAAACCCUGCGCGAUUUCGCGCUAUCGGGGGGUUUGCAAAUUAGAGUGCUGAACCAGAGCACACAAUUAGAGGAAUUUUUAGAAAGUUUUCGAAAAGCCCCAGAACCAAACUAGAGUGACGAGUUAGCAACUUGUCGAGCGAGCUCCCCCCCGGUGCAUUCCGUCGGCUUUUCCUAAAUUAGCAGAAUUUUUAGCGCUCGAAUUAGAGCACUUGCGACCAAAGGUCGCAGCUUCGUGGGAGAUCUGUCGGCCAUGUGUCGCGUGCUGUGAUUCUGCUCUUCUGUGUCGUCGGGUUUUGUAGAGUCUGCGCACCGAGGUACGCUGGUGGUGGCUGCAGCUGAGGGCGGUGGGUUUGCUUAUCGGUCGCGGCUUUGGUGGUGUGGUCGGUGGGUCUUUCCUGGAGGUGUCUCAGGGGUGUUGCUAGCAGCGUCGGGGGGUCUUCUGAGAUCGCUCCGAUUGGUCAAAUUAGUAAAAUUUUAGUAGCAUUUUAAAGGAAUAGGGUGGCCGGUGUUGUCCCCCUGAGUCUAUGCCCAGCGGGCCUCACUUUUUGUGUGGGGGCGUCUUUGGCCUUUGGUCCGAUCACAUUCUGGACAAGAUACACUAAGGCCAUCGACGUGAAAGUGGCCAAGUCUACGAUGUGUGUCGAGUCUUGAAGUUUGUGGCUAGUGUCUAGCUUCUUCUACGCUAAUACGUGCUCCAUCCUCCUCAGCUUCGUCUUCUUCUUUGCUAAACAUGUCACGACUUAGAGUGAGUGGGCAGCUGCACCUGGGGGCAAUUUGUUAUGGGUAGAGAGCGGCUGGGGCGGGUAUUGUGCAACGUUCUGCCACUUUCUGCCGGGUUCAUUUGCCGCCCCUUCUCAUGGCAGUUGCUUGCUCCUAACCAUGGCGUAAUGCGAUCUAUCGCUUUUGGUAGAUGUUCAGCUUCAAAGUGUGCGCCAUACUUUAGCCCUAAUCUAUUUGCUUUCAGUCUGCCUAAGUUCCCGCUUCGCUGUCCAGCGGUGUCACUUAUGUGACAAAGUUGGUAGCGAAUCUCCUGGAAGUCAGAGCGAUGGUUAGGCAAGUACUUAUCUGCACAACUGUCAACGAGUGAGACUGCUCCGCUAUUGUCUCUCUCAUUUGCACUAAGAUGAUAGACGGAGCGACUACCAUUCGCAUAGCUUUCACCCCAAAGCAGUUCACUUCUAUACUCGUUAUAGAGUAAGGCAAAUAACGGGCUUCGGGUUGCUCGAGUUGCAGCGGGUUGCUCGGGUUGCUGAAGCGCAGGGGUUCCAAAUCUGGAACGGGUUGCCACGGGUUGCCAGGAGAGCUUUGACUCAGCAAAAUGGGGCGAAGCCGGGCGGUAUGGAGGAGAAUUCGCACGCUCGAAGUGAAGAAAUGAAGAAGAGCGCAGCUGUUGUCUUUUGUUGUUGCUCAUGAAAGGGGGAGCCACGUGCGAAGGGCUCUGCAGCCUUUCGGGCUCUUUUUUUGUAGCGUGCGGGCGCGUGUUUGAAGCGAAAACAAGAAGCGAAGGCCCCUGCUCUCUGUUGUUUUUUUGAGGUGGGUGCCGCUGUGGUGUGUCGUCUUCGAGUCGUUGGCGAUCUCUCCCCUUUUUCUCUGGGUGCGAGCGUGGCCAAUCUACUUGGGGGCUGAGAGCGAGUCUCCGUGUCCGUCUGCUGGCUUCGGCGGGCGACGUGUCCAGUCUUGGGCACGGCAGUAAGUAGACUGGAGGAGGCUGCUAAGCUGAAAGGGAUUGGCGCGCUCGAUAUUUAUAUACGAGCGCAUCGCCAUCAGCAUGCAACUCGAACCACUUAGACGCCGCAAGCAGAUAGGGCGCCGCCACUAGUUAUCUUACCCAUCCUCCUAGAUACGGCACUACUCAGCUGAGAGGAAGAAUAGGCGGCCGCACUUCCUUGUCCAGGAAGAUAGGGGAGCUGACUGACUGGGGCCUUAACUUAAGGGCGCACUAAGAAGAAUACCAAGGACCAGAGACGCGGCGCGUGGUGUCGUGCGCUCUUGUUGAGGUCUCUCGUAGGGUCAUAAAUCUGCGCCCGAAGGGCGCCGCGCAAAAAAUUUGGGUUGGCAACUCGAGCAACCCGAGCAACCCGACCCGAUAUGGGUCAAAAAGGGCCUCGCGCUAUCAUUACUCCUUGAGCUUUCUUCAAAGUUCAGCGAACAUCUUCCAUUCUCGUUGCUGCGACCUUCUUCGAGUUCUUCUUCUUCAUCAGCUUGGAGCUGUCCGCCUCGUUUCUCAUAUCCACUCCAUUCCUGACUGGGUUCCUCUCAGCGUUGUGGCUGUUGUCCACCCCAUUGCUGUGGGUUACCGUUGUCGAAUCUUUUCCCUCCACUUUGUUGCGGUGGAUAGCUGUGCUGAAGCUGAUGUCGCGGAGGGAUAGCGUUACCCUGCGGCCAGCAGUUGUAGGAAUUGUGGAAGAAGUUGCCGCCCAUGGCUUUAUUAGGUUGGUAGCUUUGACCCGUCGGGUUUAGCCAGCAUUUGCGCGCCCUCUGUCCAUACUUGUGAAAGUAGUUGCACUGGGUACCCUCACUAGGAUUCGGGCCCUUAGCUCCUUUACCUUUACCACUUCCGUUGUUCUUCUUACUCCUAGAACUGCUACUAUUCUUUGUUUCCAAUUCCUUUCGUUGCGUAGGCCUCACUCUUGACUUCUUUGCGAAUUUUCUUGCGAGGUCGUUUGAUCGUUGUCCUCUUGAGAGCGGCAAACGCAUCACCAUCGUCAUCGCUCUCAUGUUGACGCUUGCGCUUCUUAGUUUUGGUAUUGUUCUGGUUUUCAUCGUCGGAAUCUUCAACAGCCGGAAAGGCUUUGCCGAAAGAUGGGCUCUCGGUCUUGUACUGACCAGAGUCAAGUAAACUCUGAAGCUUUUCCGUGAGUCUUUCACCGAUUUGAACGAACGCUAGGCGGUCUUCUUCUUGCAUCCUCUCGAUUGUCUGUCGAAAUGCUUUGGGAAACAUUUUAGGCAGAAUGUCGAGGAUUGCUCCGCUUUGUUGGUCAGCAAUAGCCGCACCAACUUCCGGCGGGUAGACUGUCGGAGAUUGGUCAUGACAUCUCUAACCUUCGCCGGGAAUGUUGGAACGUCUGGAGGAGCGUCGCGGUUCGUGAAGUGCAUGCCUUCCAACGCUUUAGCAGGGAUUCGCUGCUCUGUGCGGUCAUUUUGAUUGGGACCAGCGUCACGGAGAUCCGUCACCACUUCGCCUGCGUUCAUCGCUGUGGUAUCCUGGUCCUUCGUAUGCGCCUCGGCUGCACCUUUGAGUGACUUAAUGGCCACGCUUCUCUUCAAACCUCGCCAGUUCUGCUGAAGUUUGCGGCCGUUAUUGUUGGGCUGGUUCGGAACCCCUGCCGCGUUGUAUUGUUGUUCAGCACGUUGCUGAGGUAUUGGACUAAGCCCAGGCGGUCUGCUUCUUGCGUUACCGCUCGAAGCCAGUCACGCCAGGCCAGUCGGAUUUCUGCCCCAGUUUGGGUGAAAUCUCGCCGCGACUUAUAUCGGGCAUUUUGUGGCGCAGAUAGUGCGGCUCUGUUUUCGCUACUUCUACGGUAGAACGACUGAAUUUCUCUAGACUAUUGAAACAAGACAAGGCUCAAGGGCUUGGAACAGUGUAGGAACACCCGAACACGUCCAAGCACGCUAUGAAGCUCUUGGGAGGAAAUGGAGUGGCUAUUGUUGCAAUAUAACAGAAAGAAGACCAGAACGGACGUGCCGAAUGGUCGCUGACUACUUAAGGCCUUGGAAUGGUAUCAAAAUGGGCCCAAUGUCGUCGGGAUAUCAUGAAGGGUCAUAGUGCAGCUAAAGAUCUGGGCGAUCUUACUGCUCAUUCAUGUUGGAACUCAUUGAGUUCAACUCGUGACCACGUGAGGAACUAACAAGCGCCCAAGACAAGGAACGGCAUUGGUCAUGAUCAAGCAGUCGUUUGGCAUUGGGAUCAGGUUCAUUCGUAGGAUCUUGCGCCAGUAAUGAGCACUGGCCAGCACUAUUAUUAUUUCUGAUGUGGAUCUAGAUCGCCUUCGCUGUGAGUUGUCUGCUAGUUUUCCUAGUGGACCCACACCUAACCUUACAAAAUAAAACUAUUAGACUACAAAGAACAAAAAUAACAAUUUUUGACUAUUAUUAUUUAUGAUGUGGAUCUAGAUCGUCUUCGUUGUGAGUUGUCUGCCAGUUUUCCUAGUGGACCCACACCAAACCUAACCUAGAUCGUUUUCGUCGUGAGCGAGACGUAGUCGUGGUCUAAUCUCAACCUCCAAAACCAAGGCACUGAAACGGAGAUCAAGCGCCAUCAAUGUAAAAAAUGUCACGAGGAGUACUUGAUGUAGUGCACAAGUCUUGUACUAGAGGACCUACCUCCAACAUAGAGGACCUACCCCCAAAGACGAUCAUGAUUUCGGUUAGUGUUAGAUGGAGGCAAUCAAAUUCCAAAAGCAUCAGAAUUUUUAAGAGCAUGAAGAAUGGUGCAAGGAGAUAGUGAGAGUUUGUCGCUUUCUUGCGUUUGCGAUAACGAAAAUGAAAACAAGUAAGUAGAAAAAACUAUUUUUUUAGAAACAGCAACGCCACUCCUUGCGAAAAGGGUCAUGGAAAUAAUUGCCCUUGUUUGAUCAUGUGUCGACUACGUUCGCACGAAGACUGCUUCUAGCUUGUCGCUGUCCUCACUCGACGGCGUGUCCAC